CCCAGGCUCCCACCUGCGGAGUGCGAAGCUGCAUCCAAGAGCAACAAGAGCUGCCGACCCCUGCCCAAACCUGGCGAGGAGCAGGACAGUGCCAUCCCUUUGAACACAGGUCCAUCUCCUCAAACCAGCACUUUGGAUGCAAAAGGAGGAAAGGGAACGGACAACCCUUCGAAGAGUCAAGAGCAUGAGGAGCCGGAGGCUGACUCCAGUAAGGAGGGCGUUGUGCAGACUGAGGCUCCCCAGGGGAGCUGCAGCCUCAAGCAGUCGGAUGCAAAGCCUAAAAACCAAGUGUUAGCUGCAUACCUGUCGCACGACGUGCCCGUGGUUGGGCAACAAGCCCUGCGGGUGGUUCCAGAGGUACCUGCAGCACCCGUAGAGAAUCAGCACAAGGAGCCAGGCUGUGAAGGCUCCCAGCAGCCUCCAGCUGCAGAGCCCCUCCAGUGCACACAUCAGGUGGAUCUAUGCAGGGUGAAGAAGGAGCGCGUGGAGAGCGAUGUGUCGUUGCCUUCGGUGACUUGCUUGCGAGCUGGGGCUGCUCCCCAGGCCUUGGCAGAGGCCAAGCUCACAGCAGCAGGCCAGGUCAAGCAAGAGAGUGGCACACGCUGCAAGUCCAAGCGGCAGCACGACGGCGAUGCCAGGCAGGUGCAAAAGAGACUGAAGUGCAAAGCGCAGGAUGGCGAGGAGCCCCCGAGCAAAUCAGGGAGCCAGAGUGUGCAUGGCCGGAAGUGGCGAAAACACCACGACAAUCUGCACGAGCUCAGCAAGCGAGAGGGCCGAAGUGGCCUGGGAUCAGUGAGUGAUCACAACAGCCUCAGGGUAAAGCGUAAGCGCAGGAGGCCGACGAAGACAGAGUUCCCUUCUCCCGAGCACCGUGGGGACAGCCACGAGGAAGGUUACCUUGAGAAGAAGCCCAAGAACAACUUCCGUGACUUCAUCCCAGUGGUGCUGAGCAGUCGGACGCGCAGCCAGUCGGGAAGCGUUGCUGGCUCUUCUGCUAGCGUGAUGGGAGAAUGUGAUGUGACCAGUCAGGAUAUUUUACCUUUGCUGGAGGAGGAUGAGGAAGAAGAGGAGGAGGAAGAGGAGGAAGAGAUAUCCUUGAAACGUCGCAAGCUGCGGAAAUCCCACCAGGCAUCGCGUUAUCACAGCCACAGGGCCAGGGACAGGUCUGUGUCUGAGAGGAGCAGCUGUCAUGCGAGGAGGAGCCGGGAGCUGCCCUGGAGAGUGGAUGCACCCAGGCAGCUGUGGGAGCCCAACGAGGAGGAGGAGGAUGACAGCCACAUCAAAAGAAAGAAAAGGAGACGACAGAAAAGCCGGAGAUACCAGACUGGGGAAUAUCUGACCGAAAGGGAGGAAGAGCGGGUGGGCUUCCCUCACAGGAGGCGAAAAUCCAAAGCAGAUUUUAGGUACCGAAAGCAGAAGGAGUCAGCGCAGGGUAAAAGCACAGAGCUAAGGCUGAGGAGCAGGCUUUCCCCAUCCCCCCGGAAAUCUCAAGGACGCCCAGACUUUCGGAACGGCUUCUUCUUGGAGCACUCAGACAGCUCUCCUGUCCAGGAAGAGCUGGAGAAACCAUCAGGAAAACGCAAAUGUAAAACCAAACACCUGGCAGGGAUCUGCGAUGAGGGAAAGGUGAAAGGACGCUGGAGCCAGCCCAAAACGCACUCUCCGAAGAAGCCCCAGGACUCGUGGCCUCUCUGUAAAUCCCAUCGUGUCAGCCCAGGGAGCUCCCCUGAGUUGCCUACAGCCCAGCACAUUCCUCCUGAGGCACGACGGCUGAUAGUGAACAAAAAUGCAGGGGAGACCCUCCUGCAGCGAGCAGCUCGCCUGGGCUACAAGGACGUGGUGCUCUAUUGCCUGCAGAAAAAGAGCAGCGAUGUGAACCAUCGUGACAACGCUGGCUACACAGCUCUGCACGAGGCCUGUGCGCGAGGCUGGAUCGACAUCCUGCACAUCCUGCUGGAGCACGGCGCCAACGUGAACUGCAGCGCGCAGGAUGGCACGAGGCCUGUCCAUGAUGCCGUAGCCAAUGACAACCUGGAAACCAUGUGGCUUCUACUCUCCUAUGGUGCUGAUCCCACUCUGGCCACUUACUCCGGGCAGACAGCUGUGAAGCUUGCCACCAGCGACGUGAUGAAGCGCUUCCUCUGUGAUUACCUUUCGGAUCUCCAGGGGCGCAGUGACGGAGAUCCUCGAACAGCGUGGGACUUCUACAGCAGCUCUGUACUUGAGGGAAAAGACAGCAUUGGAUGCGAUCUUCUGCUCAACCCUCCAGGGAGUUCAGACCAGGAGGAAGAGGAACAGGAACCUGACAACUUCAUGUUUGAGUUCUCAGACAAGCCACUGCUGCCCAGCUACAACCUCCAAGUGUCUGUAUCUCGGGGGCCCUGCAACUGGUUCCUCUUCUCCGACGUGCUGAAGCGGCUGAAGCUGUCCUCCCGCAUCUUCCAGGCCCGCUUCCCACACUUUGAGAUUGCCACGUUGCCCAGGGCUGAGUUCCAACGCCAGGUGGCCCUCAGCCAGGUGCUGGCCCAGGACGAGGUGCAGGAGAGCCCCGAGCCGGCGCAGGGUGCUGCAGAGACAGUGGAGCUGGUGCACUAUGAGCCCGAGCUGCUGCAGCUGCUGGGCUCUGCGGUGGAAUACGAGGCGUGGAGCAGCUGACGGGGGCAGAUCGCUCCCUGCAUCGUGAGGCAAUAAUAAGGACCAAUGGGAAGCAGCCCUCUUCGAGCCAGCGGCAAGGACCUGAGGCUUCGGCCAGCUGAUCUCCUCCCGGCGGUGCCUCGGUGCUGGCUGGGGGGAGAGGACGCUGCCUCCAAGGACUUCCUGGGGUUUCUUUGUGACGAGCAGCAGCGGUCGCGGCUCUGGCAGCCCCAUCCAGCAGCGGCAGAGGGAGGCGGACCCUCUCUGUGGGGCGUUGCGGGGCAGCGAUCGGCUCAAGUUCUGCUGCAGCGUGGGGCAGUGGGUGCCACCGCCCGUCCCCGCCUGACCCCGUGGAACUGCACCUCUCUGUCUGCCCUCCACCCCACCCCCGAUGUCUUCCAUAGUAUUUAUUUAAUUAGUAUUUAAUUUGUUACGUUUCCUUUUGUUUUUGCAGUCUGUAUCACUGUGAUUAUGUGAGCUCCGGGCUAUGGGACGAGGGCUUCCUCCGGCCCCUCUCCAGCACUCCCCAGGGCCUGCGCUCCCCUGGAGCACCACCCCGAGCUGCAGAACUGGGGUCUGUGGCUCUGGCACCUCGGCUGAGAGCCUGGGGACGGUCCCACCUCUUAGCAUUGGAGCUGGCUUCUGCUGAAGGCGCUCUCGCCCGCUCUGCUCCAUCCUCACCAGGCUCCUUCCUGUGUUUCGGUCACACUGCUGCUCCCCGCCCCCCAGCAGCUGUCACAGAGGCAGCCCACACUUCCAGCAGCUCAGCCCGGCUGGGGUCUCUCCCCUCUUGCCCUGCACGGUGUCUGCUCAGCCUUUCCCCCUCCUGUGUCGUUGGGAGCAGUUCUACCGGGGAGAGCAGGCACAGGGCAGGGCUGCUGCGCUCCCGGUAGAUGGUACAGUUUUAUUGUACAGGUGCUAACAGGACUCUGAGGAUGGGACAAUCUGUUUUUGUUUCAGGUUGUUUUUUUU